AUGGAUGAGUUUGCGAAAUCAUCCGGCCUAUUCGAUCACUACAAGGCACUACAACUUCUUAAACUCUCUCCCGGUGCUGACUUUGACGGCCAUCUCAGUCGGUUCACUACCCUUAUUCGUGCCAUACAGAGAGAGAAGGGUUCCAUUGAUGACCGCGAGACGGCUGCUCACUGGUACAACAGUCUAGAUGAGCGAGGUCAAGAUGAUAUAGAUCGGGCUCCUGCCCAAGACGUUAAGACCUUCGUCCAGAUGCGUGAGAGAUCUCGAGGCUUCUACCGAUCACUCAAGAAGACGUGGAAGGCUAACGCUGCUGGAAAGUCGAUCACCACUAAUGUUGCUACUGCUGCGGGUCCGGCGACUACAACUCAGGUUCAUCAAUCUCUUCCUACACAGCCGGCCUCAACUCGUCCAAAGCCUUCUACAUUCUGGGACACUACAGCCCAACGCCCUGCCGAUGGGGUGACAGACGGGUCUAUAUUCAACCUCGACUUCAUACGGAAGUUCCGGUGUCAACGUUGUCUCUGCCACGACCACAGUACUGGCUCUUGCAAACAAUCUAAGAUGGCCUUCGAAUCUCUACGUUGUGCUCGAUGCGGGACUCAUCAUGAUCCCGUACGGUUCCCAGAAGCUCACUGCCGAGACAGCAAUUGCUACCGCUGUGGGAAGCGAGGUCAUAUGAGUCGUGCUUGUCCCGAACCACUACCUCAGAAACCCGAUACCACCCCUUCAAGCUCUACUGGUACCGAAGGGGCCAAGAUUCAGGCUAAU